AUGAUUAUGUUUAAUCCGAAGAUGUCCUUGCUGGAGUCGAUCAGAACGUGUCCUAGAUCGCCAUUUGCUUUCGGUGUUUACACAUCUGGAAUUUCAUUCUAUAUGAUGCGCCAGAUGCUGGUUGUGCCUGAUGUUUUCUCUGAACAUAAGCCAUGCAGUUCAUGUGUAUUGAGCAAAAACGUGGCGAUUGCUCUCAGCACUGGUCUCGUCCUCCCACUCCUGACAACGCCAUAUCUCUGUCAUUACAUUCUGUUACAACGUCAAGAAAUUCGGAAGCUCCCUAGCGUUACAAAUUAUCUUGAUUUUCUCGCACUUAGCUGGGAAGGAAGUAAAGCGGCUAGAUCUCUCUUAAUAAAGCUAAUCCCGUUCCAAGCGCUGGUUGCCGCUGUUUCAACGUAUUCUGUGCUCUGGGGUCGAGACCGGAUAUUUGGCACGUUGGACGCGGACCCAGAUUUCGCCAAGGAACUGCUGCUAAAUGUGCAACUCAAACCUUCCUUGAAGCAACGAAUGUUGGAUUACCUUCAUGGCAUCCCAUUUUUCGAUGAAAUCACUGGUAAGCCUACCCCGGAAUCUGACCGUGUACGGGUCAACUAA